AGCAUCCUUCUUGUCUGCAGAAGAUUAGACCCCAGAAGAAGAUGGCCAAGCGCCUCCUGUGGAUUUUGCUCCUUUUCCUACAAACCUGGCUAGAAGAAGCUGGAAAUGAUGCAACCUUGAUUGUGGUGAAUGGAAUUCUGGGGGAGUGGGCUACUUUCCCCUUAAAUAUUCAAGAAUCACAGCAACUCACCAGCAUUGCGUGGACUUCUAAAACAUCCGUUGCUUUUGUAAAGCCAGGAGACCCAGGAACACCACCCAUGGUUACUGUAACCCACAGAAAUUACUAUGAACGAAUAAAAGUCACAGAUCAGAACUACAACCUGGUCAUUAGUGAUCUGAGGAUGGAAGAUGCAGGAGUCUACCAAGCAGACAUCAACACAGAGACCAACACCACCUAUACCACCACCAAACGCUACCACCUUCAGGUCUACCGUCGACUUGGAAAACCAAAAAUUACACAGAGUUUCAUGACAUCUGUGAAUAGUACCUGUAAUGUCACACUGACAUGUUCUGUGGAGAAAGAAGAAAAGAAUGUGACAUACAGCUGGAGUCCUCUGGGAGAAGUAGGCAAUGUCCUUCAAGUCUUCCAGACUCCUCAGGACCAAGAGCUUACAUAUACGUGCAUAGCCUGGAACCCCGUUAGCAAUAGUUCUGACUCCAUCUCUACCCAGCAGCUCUGUGCAGACACUGCAACAGCGGGUUCCUAUACUCGCCACACUGGGCUGCUGAGCGGGCUAGCUGUGCUCUUUCUGCUUGUCCUCAUUCCGUCUUCAGUGUUUCUCCUCCGUCUGUGCAAGAGAGGACAAGGACAAGGUUCUUACUUGACACCCUUCAUUAAGAACUCUGAUGCUGUCUCAAAGAAAACAAUAUACACAUACAUCACAGUUUCAAGAGACACCCAACCAGCAGAGGCCAGAAUCUACGAUGAAAUCCCCCAGGCCAAGGGACUUCCCUCCAAGGAAGAGCCGGUGAACACGAUUUAUUCCACAGUGCAGUACCAUGAUAAGAUGGGGAAAACCAGCACACAGGACAGCAGACCUCCCGGAACUUCAGCCUAUGAAAUUGUGAUCUAGCUGGCAGGUGGUGUUCUCCCUUUGGAAACUGAGUUACAAUUUCCCAUCAAGGCAGGUGCCCUAGAUCUAGACCUUCUCUGCACAGCUCUUACUGGGAGAUUGCAAAUCAUCACCUCCCAACAUGUAAGCAAAGCAGGAAACUCUGUUGCUGAGCAUAGUUUGUACCAACAGACACAUGGUUACUCGCCCUUUUUGACUGGCUGCCAUCUGGAUGAAUGACAACGCAGUUUUCCAAGUACAGUGCUUCCCAAUCUUCUUCACAUCAUGGCACAUGCAGAAAAUAAUAUUUUUUUAUGGCACUCCAUGGUAAACAAUCAAGGUUGCUCCUGCACAUGACUGGAAGAUUCUCUCAACUAGAGGUAAUAGUCCUGUGCAACUGCUGUGGGAGAAGGGAUCAAUAUUUUGCACACCUGUAACAUGCCAUAGCACACCAGCUAGAAUGCUCUGCUCACACUCUGUAUAUGUGAAGAACCCUGGUGCAUGGCCUCCACCAGUUCCUAAAUCAUCUUGAGCAAAUUAGAAAAAGAUACUCUUUCCUCGGGUAUUAUCCCCCACUUGCUUCUUUUUUUCGGGAACCUACGUGCAGAGCACAACUGGCUCAAACAGCCCAAAUAUAGAUGAGAAUGUUGCGUGGAAAGCUGUCAGAGUUUUGGCUGUCAGUCAUGAAGACACACUGUCCAAAUGGAGUGUUAGAAAAUGCUCCUUCUGUAGAAACUAGAAUGUUGGAGCAACUUUUCUUUGGGCUCUAUUUCAAAAGUCUCGUAGGAUUUUCUUUCUGGACAAGUUUUCCUUCUGUGUCACUCCAAGCAGUUUCAGCAAAAAGAUGCCACACUCAGUACCUCUACUCUCCAACAGAAAUUAAUCAGCUAUGUUUCUUGCUCUUUGGGGAAUUGGUUGUAAAUCAGUCAUGCCAACAAGAAACCUUGAAGGAAGCAGUCAUUCACUGGAGGAAACUUGAGAGUAAUGGUGCAGAUGAUAAAACUGGAUUUAGCCCAGUUCUUUAUACUCACCUCAGAGGGGCAGGGGGUUCCAGUUGAAGCUGAGUACCAUGUUCCAGGAUCCCCACAAACACAUGGCCAACUGACUAGCCAUUAGGAGGAAUCACACACAGCUGAGCAGGACAGUUAGGUGAUCGUGAGAGGAUGGUUUGCCUUUUGUAUCAGCAAGCCUAACUAAACCCCCCACCAACAAUAUUGGGCUGGGCAGCAAAAAUAAGCUGCACUUAGGUAGAAUAAGGUUUUCCAUCCCAGUGAAUGAAUCCAUAGAACUUUCUAGCACUGACUACCAUUGUUAGGGUAUCAAGGCCCAAAAAUGAACAUGAUGCCUUGUCUUAGUCCAGCUGAAGAGAUAAAUUCCACACAGACACUACAAUCAAUAUCCAAUAUCCUGAACUACAGCUGCAAGUAGUGACAUGAACUACAAGAGUCAGAAGAGCUAGUGGAGGAGGCUCAGCUGAAGCUGGGCCACAGAGGAAGGCAGAGGGAAGCAUGGAAGUAGGGUAGAUACCUGGAUCUGUGGGGUGGACUGGAGAUUUUAUGUAAGUUCAUAGUCCCAUGCCUAUGCAUAACAAAGUGCCUUGACCAGAAUGUGUGUCCCUACCCCUGUCCACAUACAGGUCCUCCAAUGCCCACCUCAAAAGGUACCUGUUCAAUGAAGCUUCCCCUGGUAUCAUCAGCUAAAAUUAAUCACAGCUCAUUUUAUUCUGACUAUAGCAUACAUAAUUAUUUGGUUUCCUCACGAUAUGGCACACUACUUAAGGACAAGAUCUAUGACUUUUAUUCAUUGCUUUAAUUCCCUCUGUAUUCACCACCACCCAACAUAAUGACUAUACCCUGUGUGCAAGCUAUAAAUGAUAUAGGAUAGAAUUGAAAUGACCAGCCAGCUGGAACAGCAAAGGUACACGUUGGAAGCAGAGAUAGAUCAAUGCCAAUAGACAUAGUGGAACCAAAUUAUGGCAAGCAUUAAACAUAAGGAUGCAGAUACGAGCUAUUGCCUUUGUGUAAGGGCAUUUGGAGGAAAAACUUCCCAAGUUAGAUAACUAAGAGGUCAGCUGAAAUACUAAAGAGGCAGUGCCCUGCCGAGGGACAUGAAAGAAAAAAUAAUAAUAACUUGGUUAUAAAGGAUGAAGAAGCUGAUGAACAAGGUGAGUUUCUCCUCACCCUAUAGGUAAGUUGAGGAAUCAUUUCUGAACACUCUCAUUUUUGAACCUGCUUAUUCUUCUUCCAGUGGGCUUAUUAAGUCAAAUUUCUAGUGUCCUAAUGCCCUGGUGUGAAGAAAGAAAGAGAUAAAGAAUCAUUGGAAGCAGGAGUUCUUUAGAUAUUCCAGAAAAGCAAACCUGGGAUGAAUCCAGUCACAGGAAUUUUUAAGGUUGCCUUUGAGCUCAUAACCAUUCUUUCCUAUGAAUAUUAUGAUUUAUGAAAAUGUAACUCCCUCCAUAGCACUCAGUUCUUAUUCUCCUGUAAAACAAGUGUAAUUUUUUUUCUCGUGCUACAUUCUCAGCUCCUUUAUAUAUCCUACACACACACACACACACACACACACACAUACACACAUAUGCAUAUUGUUUUUUCUUUUUUCUU